GGGAAAGUGUUGGGGUAGGGGAAGCUGGGUGGGCAGCAUAGCAAGGAAAUGGGAAGUGGAGUGUGGCAUUAUCUGGGGGCAUAUCUGGGAGUUAUUUUUUCCUUCUCCACAGCUGCUUUCUUGCAAUUCUGUACUUUUCCGAGAGGACUCCAGAGAAAUACAACUCAGGUUUACAAUUUUAAAAGCCAUGCUCCAGGGGUUGGUGAUGUUCAGGGACGUGGCUGUGGACUUCUCUCAGGAGGAGUGGGAGGGCCUGGACUCUACUCAGAGGGGUUUAUACAGAGAUGUGAUGAUGGAGAAUUACAGCAACCUGGCCUUACUGGGACCCUCUAUUCCUAAGCCUGAUGUGAUUUUCUUACUGGAGCAAGGGAAGGAGCCCUGGAUGGUUUUGAGGAGCUUGGCGGGAGGAUGGCACCCAGGUGAGCAGAUUGAACAGACGGGGAAAGGUGCUGCAGUUAAGAGCCCAGUUGGUGGGGGGGUCAGCACCUUAAAGGUAUUGACUGAGGAAUCUCUCCCUUGAAGGCCUAUCCAAGGGCUGUGAAGAAAAGGCUUAAGACACAUGGAA